AUGCCUACCCGAUUCUCCCGCACCCGCAAGCACCGCGGUCACGUUUCCGCCGGUCACGGACGUAUCGGCAAGCACCGCAAGCACCCAGGUGGUCGUGGUCUGGCCGGUGGUCAGCACCACCACCGCACUAACCUCGACAAGUACCACCCUGGUUACUUCGGUAAGGUUGGUAUGAGAUACUUCCACAAGCAGCAGGCGCACUUCUGGAAGCCCGUCAUCAACCUGGACAAGCUCUGGACCCUCGUCCCCGCUGAGAAGCGCGAGGAGUACAUUGCCGGCAAGAAGGACACCGUCCCCGUCAUCGACCUCCUCCCCUUCGGCUACUCCAAGGUCCUCGGCAAGGGCCGCCUUCCUGAGGUCCCCAUUGUCGUGAAGGCCAGGUGGGUCAGCAAGCUGGCGGAGAAGAAGAUCACCGAGGCUGGCGGUGUUGUCGAGCUGGUGGCAUAA